AUGAAGGCCAUCUUUUUUAGAUUCAGUACUUAUGCUAAAUUCGCAGAAAAAAUAUAAAAUACAAAAUUUGCAACCAUUUACAAUUACGAAACUCAAGUCAAACCUGCUUUAAGUAUCUAUGAAUCUAUGGGAUUUAACGAAUAAAUGAUUUUCAGAAUUUUCAAAAAUAGAGGUCUCUCUCUUGUCAAAGAGGAUGCUUUAAAUGAUAUUGGAUAACUUAAUGAGUUAUUCAAAAAUAGAUUGAAUGCAGAAGCAAAAUAAAUGCGAACUAUCCUUUUUAAAGACCCAUAAAUAUUGAGCCAUUCUAUUGAAAAGAUGGGCAAUUAUCUUGACCUAUUUGAAAAGUAACUACAAAUCAGCAAAGAAGAAAUUUUAUCCAUGUUGACAGCAUAUCCUUUAUUAAUGAGAAAUUUCGAAGUUAACUAUGAAAAGUUUAGAAAUGUUUUUAAUACAUAUGCACAUGUAAAUGACAAACAAUUUGGAUAAAUAUUGGUGAAUACUCCCUUCUUAUUCUCAUUCAAUCUUGAAAGAAUACCACCUAAUUUUAGGGUUAUGUAUAAUAGAGAGUAUAAAACUAAGGAAAUCUAAGAAUUGGUUCAAAAAACUGCAGAAUUUUUAGCUCUUAAAAAUCAUGAUUUUGAUAGACUGUUGAAUCAUUAUGAUGUUUUAAUUCCAAAUAAGGAAGUUUAACACUAAUUACUAGUUAACAAUCAUAAAUUAUUACUCUUAACACCAGCAUAUAUGUUAAGUCCAAAGAUCAACUUAUUCAAAGAAAUUGGGUUAUCAAUCCAAUAAAUAGGGUAGAUAUUAUAAAUAUGUCCAAAUCUAUUCUUGAAGAGUGUUUAAACAUUAAAAUUAAAAUUGAAAUUUUUUGAAAAACAUUUGAAUUUUAAAAUUAAAGAUUCUCCACAUUUUCCAUAGAUUUUAGAGUUCGAUUAUUGGACAGUCUUAAGACCUAGAUUGGUGAUUUUGAAUAAUCUAGAAAAUGCUAUGGAUAAUUUAAAGAUGGAUUAAGACGAAUUCAUAAAGAAGUACAAUUGUGAAUAGAAAUACCAAGAAUUGUUAAAUGAAGCACCAACUAAAAAGAAAAUUGAUGCAGACUUCAUGAUUAGGAAAUACCAUAGAUAUUGUCAUGAUAGAAUAUAAUUAUUACAUUGAUGUAUGAUAUUUAAUUG